UAUUAAUUUUCUGUAGUGCCACUCGUGUUUAUGAAAACAACUCUACAUAAAGCUUCCCAUACAAACUAUUUUUUUUUCGUGACGGUGAUUUUAAAAUAACUGAUUUAGGCGUAAAUCCGCCGUACAACUCAGCGUGGGAGCCUACGGCUCGGGGAACCCAUUGCAGGGCGUCGCGCUGUUGUCGCCGGACUGUUUAAGCGAGGCACGGCGGCUCAGUUGCCAUGGCGGACGCCCGAGAAGUUUUGGCGAGGUGUCUCGUGCAGCAGUGUGUCCACGGCAAACUACAAGUGAAGGCUCCGGAGAAGGGCGUGGAGGGCGAGUGGGUGGAGAUUGCACGAGGAAUGGUGAUUUACAUUUGCUUCUUCAAAGGGGCCUCCUCAGAACUCAUUCCAAAAAUCGUGAAUACGCUGCUGAACGUGAAACUGUGUGAGACUGAAAAUGGCCAGUAUGUGUCGGCACUCAGCCUGCCGGCCAACAUCCUAAUAGUCCCUCAGGCCACUCUGGGGGGCAAAGCCAAAGGCAAGAGCAUGCAGUACCACGCAAAUAUCGGAAAGGAGGAAGGCAUGAAGCUGUAUGCGGAGUUUGUGGCGCAGUGUGAAGGAGAGAUUUCAUCGUCCAGUCAGUGCAAAGAAGCUGGAGUUGUCGUGAAACACGGAACUUAUGGCAACAGGCAGGUGCUAAAGCUGGACACUAAUGGGCCUUAUUCACACCUCGUGGAGUUUUAAUCGAGCCAGCAGUUGUUUAUUUAUUUAUUUUUUUUGUUGUUUCACAUUUGGACAUUUUACUCAGGACCUUAGGGAUUAAAUAAAAAAAAAGUGCAAAGGCA